AUGUCGGAACACUCUCGGCCUUUCAAGGAAAGGGAAGAGCUAGAGAACAAUGACAAUGAUGAGAGUGAUAAUGGUGGAGAAGCCGAAAGAGACAGUGAGGUGUAUUCCCCCCAUCUGCCUUUCAGGUCAGAGGUGAGAGGUGUGACCAUGGUUGUUCAGAGACGAACGAUCACUUCUACUUCAAGCGCCGGUGAUUGGAACUGGCGUGUAGAGACUGAUCAGACCAGAAUGGUUGUCGUUUUUCGUGACACGUUUGGAGAAGUCUUGGGACAGAGAACGAUAGUUUCGUGGCAACAGAGCCGUCGAUGGGACGUUGGUAAGUGGGUCGAAGAGACGUGGCAGGCCGGUCCGGCAAAUGAACUGUUUCGGAUCACUUCAUAUAUUCGAGGAAGUGUUUUUUUGACUUUGAGGACUUACAAGCCAUGGGAUCCCUCGGACACUUCUGACAGUACGAGUACUUCAGACGAUGUCACAGAACUUGUCGAGAGGCCUUCUCAAGAUGAUUCACCUCAGCCCUCACGAGAUCAAGCGGAAUGUCAUGCCCCCACGUCAACAGGUGACAAUUGGAAUGUUGCCCGGUCCGGUGAUCAUACCAACAAUGGAGACGCUGGAGGGGAGAAGGACACGGAUGAGGCUGAGGUAGGACCACACUUCCCUGAGGUCUAA